CGCCUGCGCUUAACUGGUAUAUCGGCGCCAUUUUGUCCGGGCAGCGGUGGCCGUAGCUCUUUCACGUUUUAUGUUUGUGGAGCGACGGCAGCGGGAUUGUCCUCCGGUCGGUGGAUUCCAGCGCAGCACCAGUACCCCGUUCGCCGCGGAGCAGCACUUAGUGACGGUCGGAGGAGUCGCAGAGCUGUCGGGAAGUUUUACUGAAGAAAACACACAACAUCUUGGUGACAUGUAUCUUACCACCAUUACAUAGGUCUCAUCUACCCCAAGCUGAUGUGGAACUCACAAUGUUGUCCAGUCUGUUCUGGAACUCAUAACUAUCUCCUACUCUCGAAUGUUUGCCAGCAAGUUGCAUCUGCAGCGCCUGCAUUUCUGAACAGGUCAUAAGUCCUGGUGGCCGCACCUUAAGGACAGACCUGCAGAAGGCAUGAGACACCCUGCCGCCUCAUCUGAGUGGGGCCUCUGUCCUGGAGGACAGAGCAAACCUGCUACCUCUGAUUAGGGGUUCUGUCCCAGAGGACAGAACAACCCUGCUGGGGAGACCUGCUCUCAUCUGUACCGUGUUUGGCAUUAUUGAGCCAUCCCCUAAGGACUCGGACUCUUACGGCCACCAUGGAUUGGAAUCUGACUCUGCAGCGCGCUUAGCCUUUUUUGGGGCCCUCUGUGUUUGUGUUGUACUUGUAUGUCUUUGUUGCCCUGAUCUUCCUAUGGAUGCUCCCCUCUUGACUUUUAAUAACAUGGGACAGACGACUCCUCCUUUAGGUCUCUGCCUGGCCCACUGGAAGGACAUCAAGGACAUUGCCCAAAAGAAUGGGGCAUCUGUUUCAAAAAGCAAAUGGGUCACAUUCUACCCCUCUGAGUGGCUCACCUUCAAUGUGGUAUGGCCACCAGAGGGAACCAUCCACCUGAACAUGUUGGAAAUAGAAAAAAUUGUCCUUCAUCCUAGGAGUGGACACCCUGACCAAAUUCCUUACAUCAUUACCUGGAGAAAUCUGAUAGAAGCGCCUCUCCCUUGCAUAAAACCCUUCCUCUCCCCUUCACCCCCUUCCUCACAGGUAUUGGCCACUUCCCCUAUAAAGGACGCCAAGCCUGCUGCUGCGGCGUCGGCCCCAAUCUUUACAUGAGGCAACGAGAAAGCAGAUAUCUUCCCUCUACCCUAUGUACCUCCUCCUAACCCUCCCCAACCUCCAGCAGGUGCUCAGGCCCUGGCUGGACCACCCUCCCCCCCAAUCUGGAGGGCCCAGCACAGGCUACCCGGAGCCAGAGGGCAGCCACCCUUCAGGCCCCUGACCAGUCAGUGGCGCUACCACUCUAACCUGCAGGACUCAUGGACGUGGAUGGAAACCAGCCCUUUCACUAAUGGCCCUUUGCCACUAGUGACUUAUACAAUUGAAACUGUACUUUUUACCCACCAGCCCACCUGGGACCACUUUCAGCAGCUCCUAAAGGCCCUCUUCACCCUGAGGAACAGAACAGAAUCAUUGAAAAUGCCCACAAACUCAUUCCAGGGCCAUCGGGAGAUCCCACCCCAGACCAAGCUAUUAUUAAUAGUUAUUUCCCAACUAAUCGUCCCACUUGGGAUUACAACAUGGCACAAAGUAAGGAGAGACUCCUAGUCUGUUGCCGGACUCUAUUGGCAGGUCUCAGAGCAGCAGCAAGAAAGCCUGCUAAUAUGUCUAAGUUAUAUGACAUUAGACAAGGACCUGAUGAAAGUCCAGUCGCUUAUUUAGAACGACUUCAGGAAGCUUUUCGGAGGUAUACUCCCUAUGAACCUGAGUCAGGAGAGGCAGUCACUGCUGUUGUGUUUGCCUUCAUUAAUCAGGCUGCUCCUGAUACAUAAAAACUUACAGUCUCUAGAAAGGCUAGGAGAAAACACAGUAGAGAACUAGAUGCAGUGGCGGAAAAGGUUUUUGAUGGGAGAGAAAGUUCAGAGGAGAAAGAAAUUAAGUGAGAAAAGAGACAGGAAAAAUGUUUAAGAUUUUAGAAUUCCAACAGACUAAGCACCACCAGGAACUCAAGGAAAUUUUGGUGACUACAGGAAAUCCUACUACCAGAGACAACACCUGUCAGGGAAGAAACAACAUGAGAGCAAAGCCUGAGGUAGGGAAGAACCAAUGUGAAUGUGCCUACUGCAAGGAAGAGGGACACUGGGCCAGGGAUCGCUCCCAAAAGAAACAGUGGGCAAACAUCCUGGCAGCUACACAAGAAGACAGGGCUCAGUCCCCCUCCCUGAGCCCAGGGUAACCAUUGAAGUGGAAGGGAAGAAAAUAGCCUUUAUGGUCAACACCAGGGCUGAAAAUUCAGUAUUGUUACAAGCAGAGGGACCUAUGACUAAAAGAACCACCUGGGUUCAGGGAGCAACAGGUACCAAACCCUAUCAAUGGACAACCCAGAGGACUGUUAAUUUAGGUACCAAUCAAGUAAUCCACUCUUUCGUGGUCAUACCUGAAUGUCCCUACCCAUUGCUGGGACGUAAUUUGCUGUCUAAAAUGAAAGCUCAAAUUUCUUUCUCAGAACAUGGGGCAAGGGUUUCCACAGCAGGCGGACCCUCACCUAAACUAAAAACUGCACUGACCCAAGUUCUCAUAACCACCAAUCUGACAGAGGAAUAUAGACUCUUUCAAAAACAUGUGGCGAGCCCUGAGUCCUUAGACCCUUCCUGGCUAACUGAGUACCCACAAGCUUGGGCUGAGACUGGUGGGGUGGGAUAGGCACAGCAUAGGCACCCCAUACUAAUAAAAUUAAAACCCAGAAGUACGCCAGCCAGGGUUUGCCAGUACCCCAUGUCACUAGAGGCCAAACAGAAUUACUCCCCACAUAGGGUGGCUUCCUCAGUCAGGGGUCUUAAAGUCAACCCAGUCAGCUUGGAACACCCCCCUCCUACCAGUGAAAAUGCCUCAUUCAAAUGACUACCGCCCAGUACAGGACUUAAGAGAAGCUAAUAAGAGUAAUUGAUACUCACCCUACAAUGCCUAACCCUUAUACUGUAUUGGCAAGUCUAACACCUGAAAUUACUUUGUACAUUGUCCUGGACUUAAAAGAUGCAUUCCUCACCUUACCUAUAGCUCCACAGAGUCAAUCUUAUUUUGCCUUUGAAUGGCAUGAUCCAGAAAUUGGCAUCAAUGGUCAACUCACCUGGACUCGAUUGCCUCAAGGAUUCAAAAACACCCCUACCAUUUUUCAUGAGGCCUUACAUGAAGACCUGUCAGACUCAGGUACAUACAUGUUACAAUAUGUAGAUGAUCAUCUAGUAGCAGCUACUGACGACAAAACGUGCCUGGUAGGGACCAGAGAUCUGGGGAUUCUGGGAGAACUGGGAUAUAUUCUCCGGGAUGGCCAGCAGUAGCUGUCAGAUGCACAAAAAGAAACUGUCUUCCAUAUCCCAACGCCAACUUCAGCCAGACAGGUACGAGAAUUUCUUGGUACAGCGGGCUUCUGCCAUCUGUGGAUCCCCGGAUUCACGGAACUGGCAAAACCUCUAUAUGAAGCCACCAAGGAAAACCAACCUUUCCAAUGGACAAAUCAUUGCCAACAAGCCUUCCAGGACCUAAAUGUACACCUCUUAGAAGACCUGCUUUAAGGCUCCCUGAUGUGACCAAGCCAUUUAUGUUUUUUGUAGAUGAGCACAGUGGGAUAGCAAAGGGGGUCCUCAAUGAAACUUAGGACCCCGGUGGCAUCCUGUUGCCUACCUGUCAAAGAAAUGAGACCCUGUUGCGGCUGGGUGGCCCCCAUGCAUGAGAAUUAUAGCCACUACAGCCUCUCAGUCAAGGAUGCAGACAAGCUGACUUUGGGACAAAAUUUGAUGGUAGCGGUCCUCCACGCCAAGAGGGUACUGAAACAACCACCUGACUGUUGGCUUAGCAUGCUCUCAUGAUCCAUUACCAGAUUCUGCUGCUAAACCCGGCCAGAACAACUUUCCAGACUCCCACAGCUCUGAACACCGUCACUCUGUUACCUGACCCAGACCUGGAGACUCCUCUCCAUGACUGCACAGAGAUACUGGCUCAUGUAUACAACGUGAGGCCAGAUCUCAAAGACGCCCCCCAAAGGAUGUGGAGGUGACUUGGUUCACAGAUGGCAGCAGUUUCAUCAAGGAUGGACACAGGUAUUGCGGGCGCAGCAGUCACUUCAGAGACAGAUGUCAUUUGGGCGGAGCCUCUCCCAAUGGGCACAUCAGCCCAGAGGGCAGAACUCAGCCCUCACUAAGGCUUUACAACUGGGGGCCAACAAGAGACUGAACAUAUACACGGACAGCCGGUAUACAUUUGCUAUGGCUCAUGUCCAUGGUGCAAUAUACAGAGAAAGAGGACUUUUAACAGCAGAAGGAAGGACUAUUAAAAACUAGCAGGAGAUUCUGGAUCUACUCCAAGCCCUCUGGGGUCCCACUCAGGUAGCUAUCAUUCACUGCCCAGGACACCAGAGAGGGAACAGACUAAUUCCCCAAGGAAACAAUUUAGCCGACCAGACAGCCAAACGAGUGGCCCUCUCAGCUAAAGUGGCCCCUGUCUUGGUUGAUCCCGGAAGCAGAAAGCUCCCAGAUGUUCCUAAAUGUUCUUCAGAGGAUCUUGCAUGGAUCAACUAAAAGGAACUAAUAAAAUAAAUGACUUGUGGAACAUGGUGGAUGGACGCUUCAUCCUGCCUUAGAAGCUUGGACAAAGAAUCCUAAAAAAAAAGGUCCAUCAUUCAUCCCAUCUGGGAAUCAAGCAAAUGCAGGAGUUACUGAAAAAUUCUCACCUGAAAAUACAGAAUGCUAUCCAAAUUAUUUAAAAAAUCGUUUCCAGUUGUCAAUGUUGCUACGUGACUAAUGCUCUCCCCUCUAAUCCAGGAACCAGAUUGAGAGGGACAAGACUGGGAGCCUACUGGGAACUAGAUUUCACUGAAAUUAAGAUGGGUAAAUCAGGAUAUAAAUACCUCUUAGUAUUUAUAGAUACAUUCUCUGGAUGGGUGGAAGCCUUCCCCACUAAGGCUGAAACUGCACAGGUGGUUGCUAAGAAGAUACUGGAAGAAAUACUCCCCAGGUUUCAACGUGGAGAUAAAGUCCUUGUCAGGAGACACCACCAGAGGACUCUAGUACCCAGAUGAAAAGGUCCCUACAUCGUACUGAUGACCACUCCCACGGCUGUGAAGGUGGACGGCAUCGCAUCAUGGAUCCACUGGACCCAUGUAAAGACAGUCCCCUGGAAAGCUGGAGAGUCUUGAAUGAGUCACCCCGACCGAAAGGAUCCACUCAAGCUCUGCCUCAACUGAGAUGCUGCACUCCAGGCCUCAACCUCCUGAUGCUCCUGACUGCUUGUUGCUCCCUCCCUCAGGUCAAAAAUGCUUCCCCGGUUGUAUCUCCCCUUAAGUGCCCCUCUCGAACUCAAGCUUAUACACUCUUAACGCUUGUAUUAUUCACCACUUGUGCCUAUUGUGGCCCCCUUUCUCCCUCUAAUCCACAUCAGCCAGUCAACCUUACUUGGGUAAUAACAGAUUUUUCCACAGGUGACAUACUAGUUCAGAAAUCUAAGAUAGCACCUGUUAAUACCUGGUUUCCAGACCUACAGUUUGAUUUGUCAGAACUGCUCCCUGAAAAGUCUCACUGGUCACUUAAACAUACCUAUUUCUAUGUAUGCCCUGGUAGACCACAGGCAGGUCAGACAGACAAGGAUUGGAGAAAACAAUGUGGAGAGGCACAUGAGCUCUUCUGCCGGUCCUGGUCUUGUGUGAGUACUGGGGACCUCUAUUGGACUGCCCCUGUUAAGACGGAUCUUAUCCAGGUAAAACGUAAUGACCCUCCAGAUGUUUAUAUUAGAGGCAGAAGAAUCAGGGCAUGCUCUGGAGCAACUUCAAAUACCUGUAACCCUAUCCAGGUUCGCUUUACAAAGAGAGGGAAACAGGAUUCUACUUGGGAGGCUGGAAAAAUGUGGGGCCUAUCUACCCAUCCCAGUGGCUCCAGCGGCCUAUUUACUAUUAAAUUACUUAGUAGACCCCUACAUAGCCCAUAUCUAGGUCCCAAUAAGGCCCUGGCUGCACCAUGGUCUGCCCACAAACCAGCUGUGGCCACACCCCUUCUCCCCACAACAAAGCCAGUACCCUCUACUCUGGCCCCACCACGAAAACUGACCUGACAAUUAACUGUUUGGUACAGGGGGCCACUUCACCUAGCCCAAAGACAGACAAUGCAUUUCCACAACAAAGAAUACUCCUAUAGGCUAAGAAAUGCCUGCUAGCAGCUCCUACUACACAUGGUGCCGAUAACAACACAGCAGCUGCUAGCUUCUUAAAUAAUAUGUCCUCCCAAAGGCCAAGUCUAAUCCCAAUCUUGUUGUUGUUGUUUAUUUUUUUUAAUUUGAGAGCAACAGAGAGAGACAGAAUGGGCGCGCCAGGGCCUCUAGCCACUGCAAACGAACUCCAGAUGCAUGUGCCCCCUGUGCAUCUAGCUAACAUGUAUCCUGGGGAAUCGGGCUUUGAACCGGGGUUCUUAGGCUUCACAUGUGCUUUACCACUAAGCCAUCUCUCCAGCCCUCUAAUCCCAAUCUUAAUAAUCGGCUCCUAGCUAUGCUGCAACAGGCUUUUCUUUUUUAAACGCUUCUAGGCCAGAAUUAACUACCUCCUGUUGGUUAUGCUAUGAUGUUGCCCCUCCUUAUUAUGAAGCUACUGCUAUCCUGGGAACCUUCUCUACAGCUAGUGAGCCCUCCCAAUGCAGAUGGAUUCUGGGACCUAAAAUAACUCUCCAGCAGAUAACUUAAUAGCCUAACGGGAGGUACAUGUAUAGGCAAAGCCCCGACUGCCUUUAGCCCUCUUGUAACCUAACUCACCGUGUAAGUCAGGCCCCAAAAUAUUUGGUCCCCCAUAAUGACACUUGGUGGGCCUGUUCCACUGGCCUGACCCCUUGUCUGUACCUACCUACCUUUAACCUAACAAAAGACUUUUGCAUUAUGGUCAGGUUAUUACCCAGAAUCCUCUACCACGCCCCGGUCAGUUUCUGAGGAGUCUCCACUUCAAGGACAUUCCAGAAACACUGUACUGUGGGGGCCUCCGGCCUCUGACCACCUGCAACUGAUAGAUAAGACAAACUGCUGACAUGGGAUCAGUAGUCUGGAAUGUUCCCAUGUGUGCGCUUUUAAAUCUUAGCCAAUCAUGUGCCCAUCCCCUACUUCUUUGUUAAAUCCCUAUAUAAGCCCCUUCCCCCCCGAAGCAAGGGCCUCUCCCACUCCCGCUGCAUUGGCCCGUGUGGAUUGCAUCCCCUGCCUAGGCUUGACAAUAAAGAAUCCUGUUACUGCAA